AUGAGUAAUCCCGCCUCGACUUCGCAAACCCCGCCGAUUGCCGCUUCCUCGUCUGCGACCGCGAACAGCUCCUCUACAGGAUCGUCCGCCACCGUGGCCGCCGGUUCGGCUCAACCCACUGCCCGCAGCUCGUACGCCAACGCGACCAAACCCACGAUCGUGUCUAGCGCAGCGCCGCCCGUGGCAGUGGGAGGACCGCAGAACGCGCAGCAUGGCAAGAGCUCUUCUGUCUCCCCGGUGAACGGCAACGGCGCCCUCAAGCCUGCUAUUCCCGUCAUGCCCACCAUCGUCAGCGGUGGUCCCAACGGCAGCGCCCACGAGCGCAAGUCGUCUGUCCAGAUCAAGCAGACCCCGCCGGUUGCGACUGCAGGCGGCCCGCCCUCUGGUAUCAAGUUCGGGUCGCUUGCCGGCUCACCAGCGCCUGCCCACGCCUCGCCCGUAGUCCAGGGAAACCUGAACCCGGCGCAGGUGCAGAACCCGCGCGUUGCCUCGCCCGCUCAUUCACCAUCGCCCAUUCCUACGCCUAUUUCGGGAGGCCCCAAGCCCGACGGACUGCCCACUAGGCCAAACAUUGUGUUCGGUGGCCAGGGCGGUGAAAGCACUGAGCCUAACGCACGCCCUGCUAUGCCCCCUCAACCAAACUCUCACACGAUGCCCCAACACAUGCGUCGCGAAUCCUCCCAGUCUGCGCACAGCGACAUGAGCAACGCAAACAUGGGCCGCGGCGGCUCGUACUCCAACCGAGGAGGCCGUGGUGGAUUCCCUCCUCAAGGUCAAUACAACCCGCACAUGGCCAACCAUUCGCCACAGCCGUUCCGCCCGAUGCCUCAGAUGGGCCGCGGCCAGGCUGCGCCAUUCCACCCUCCUGGCCCGCAGCGCUCUCCUUACACACAGAACCGUAGCCCCGCUAUGACACCUGCUACUAUGCAUCAGCAGCAGCACCUCGCUAAUCCUCAGAGCAUGCCCUACUACCCGCAACAGCAGUACCCUCAACAGGCAAGUACAUCCUCCACUAUUUCAGCAACUCCCUCAGUUUCUUCAUCUCGCAGAUCGGUUUUCUCGACUGGAUCGCGAGUUUCUCACAAUUCUCCCAUGUCCAGCCAUGUUUCUGUCGGGACCGAGAGGCCUUUCAACCAAGGUCGAUCGGACUCGGCAAAUGUCCCCACACAAAUUGUUCCGCCACCAAAUGUUUCAGUCUUUUCAAGUACAAAUAUCGAAUCAUUCCUAACACAAAUUUCCCCACAGGCUAUCUACGGAGGCAUGCCCCAGCCCAACUUAGACCCGUACAACAACUUCUACCCGCAGAGCUACGGACUUCAGCAGUCUAUCCACUACCCAGGUGUUCCCGCCAGCCCAGGUCGUGGAUUCCCUCCUCAAAUGCAACCGUCUCCCUACGGUGUCGCCCCCUACGGUCAUCAGCCACAGGCUCAGAGCAUGUCGCGCACUCCCUCCAACAUGUCGGAGCGCCCGUCAUCUGCUGUUCCUCAGCCUUCCACACCUGCGAUGACCAACGUCAAUCACAUCUCGCACACGCACACUCCUAGCAUGACGGCGGCAAGCCCCGCACCUAGCUCCACCUUUGAGCGUCCGAAGAGGCAAAGCAAGGCCAUCCAGAUCAAGACUGUUGAUGGUGAAGUUGUCGACUUCAAGCCCAAGGGCGCCUCGCCUGCCCCGCCUGCUGUAGCAUCCGCUGCACCUGCUGCCCCUCGUUCUCCCGCUAUUGCUGCCACUCCCACUCCUCCGCGCGCGCCGAGCGCCACCGACUCUACUCGUGCUGAAGAUACCGCUUCCAAGAAGGCCGAGUUUGUCAAGCAGUUCCAGGAGAAGCUCCGCCUACAAGAGGAAGCCGAGAAGAAGGCCAAGGAAGCUACAGAGGAAGAGGCCAAGGCCGAAGCCAAUGCAAAGCUUGCUGCUAAAGAAGAGGCCGACGCCAAAGCUGCUCUUGAAGCCAAGGAGAAGGAGGAUGCUGAAGCUGCCAAGAAGGCCGAAACUGACGAGGCUGAGAAGAAGCGCCUCGAAGACGAAGAGAUGGACCGCAUGAUUGCUGAGAUGGAGGCCGAAGAGAAGAAGCGCGAAGAAGAUGAGAAGCGCUACGCCGAGGAGAAGGCAAAGAAGGCCGAGGCUGAGAAGGCCAACGCUGCCGAGAAGGUCAAGCAGGAGGAGGAGCGUCUGCGCAAGCUAGAGCGCGAAGCCGAAGAGGCUGAAGCUGCUCGUGCAGCAGAGACUCCUGAGCAAAAGGCCGAGCGCGAAGCCAAGGACAAGGCUCUCUUCGCAAGCUUGAAGAAGAACACCAUGUUCGGUCCUGGUGCCUCUCAGACUGAGGAAGAGGCGGCUCCCGCUGAGUCCUCAGCUCCUAUUGCCGCACCUGCACCCUCUAAGACCCCCACUGGCUCCAAGCCCAAGCCAGCUGCUCUCAAGCUCGAGACGAACAAGUCUGUCGAGCCCGCACAGCCGACUGCUGGUAUGCAGGCACUCAAGACUGCACGUUUCCUCGAAGUCCGUGCUGAGGUCAUGUAUCCUCAAGGCGUAGCCAGCCCCAACCCAGCUCUUAACAACAGCAACCGGAGCAAGGGCCGCCAGUACGACAAGGACUUCCUCUUGCAAUUCCAGGAUGUCUUCAAGGAGAAGCCAUCUGUUGACUGGGACAUGAAGCUCAAGGAGACAGUUGGUGACGAGCCCCAAUCUGCUCGCGGUCCUCCAUCUGCUCGUCCCGGUUCUAUGCAUCUGGGCGCCGGUGGACGUCAAGGCUCUCGCCCUGGCGGUGGCGGUGGAAUGGGUACAUUUGGGCAAGGUGGUGGAUUCCAGCCAGGAGGCCGCACACUCCCGCCAGGUACGACAUCCGAACAGCGUUUCCAGCAAGCCCAAGGCGGACGCGGUGGCUCUAUGACGAACCCUCUUGCUCAUGUCGUUCUAGGUGGAGGUCGUGGUGGAUUUCCUAUGGGCGGGCAGUCGAUGUCAGGACGUCAAAGCUCCUACCAGAGCGCCGACCGCAAUCAACCCAAUUCUCCUCGCGUUGGCAGCUCACGCGGUAGGGGCGGCCAAAACAGCCAUAAGGGCGGCCGUGGCGGCCAUGCUCAAGAUGCCAAGCAAAUGCCAUUGACAGCCGGCCAGGAAGUCAAGGCACUCCAACGCUCGCAGACUGGUUGGGUGCCUACGUCGCUCACUCAGCCCGCUGCUGUCCAGGCUCAAAUGAGCGCAGGCCACUUGGCUCCGGAUAUGGUACAACGUAAGGUCAAGGCCGCUCUCAACAAGAUGACACCCGACAAGUUCGACAAGAUUUCCGAUCAAAUCCUCGAGAUCGCUGGACAGUCAAAGGAUGAGACUGAUGGACGCACUCUUCGCCAGGUCAUUCAGCUCACCUUUGAGAAGGCUUGUGACGAGUCUCAUUGGUCGUCCAUGUACGCCAAGUUCUGUAGCCGCAUGUUGCAGACCAUGAGCACCGAGAUCAAGGAUGAGAAUGUCCGCGACAAGCACGGUGCGCCAGUUGUCGGUGGUGCUCUCUUCCGUAAGUACCUCCUCAACCGCUGUCAAGAGGAGUUCGAGCGUGGUUGGGAAGUCAACCUGCCCGAAGCGCCUGAAGGCGAAAAGGAGGCGAAGCUCCUGUCAGACGAGUACUACGUUGCCGCUGCAGCCAAGCGUAAGGGUCUCGGUCUGAUCCAGUUCAUCGGAGAGCUAUACAAGCUGGGCAUGUUGACUCUGCGCAUCAUGCACGAGUGUGUGCUCAAGCUUCUCGACUUUGAGGGUCUCCCCGAUGAGGCCGCUAUUGAGAGCUUGGUCAAGCUGCUACGCACUGUCGGUGCCACGAUGGAGUCCGCCGAAGCCGGCCCCAAGAUGAUCAACAUGUACUUCGAGCGCAUCGAGAAGGUCAUGAACAUGGAGGGUCUUCCUUCGCGUAUGCACUUCAUGUUGCUUGACACCGUCGACAUGCGCAAGUCCGGCUGGAAGUCCAAGGACAUCCUCAAGGGUCCCAAGACCAUCGCCGAGAUUCAUCAAGAAGCCAUGGCAGCCCAACAGGCCGCCGAGAUGGAGCGCACGCGAUCAAACCAACGCGGUGGUGGUGGCCGUCUUCCCAUGGGUCGCGGCGACGCUCGCUCGUUCUCAGGUGGUGGCAUGCAGCCUCCUCCAGACACUGGCAGCCGUGUCCAAAUGGACGAUCUCCGCAAGCUGUCCAAGGGUGCUUCUGGACGCAACCUCAACAACGCUGGAUCUCUCGGCCCGUCCAUGCUUGGUAACCGCGCCGGUAGCCGCCGUGGUAUGGGUAUCGGUCCCGGCAUGGGUAGUCGUGAAGACUCCAACGCCUCUUCGCGCAAUGGCACACCACCAGUGCAGAAGGAGAAGGAGGCCACUGCUCAUGCAAACGCUUUCAGUGCACUUGCUGCUCUUAGCAACGAAGACGCCGGCGAGGCUGGCUCUACAUCCAACGCUGCUGAUGAGUCUGCUGCCGACGCGGAGGCCAAGCCUUCCGAGUGA